AUGUCGGGUUUUGUCGCUCCGCGCAAGGACGAGCGGUUUUUGACCCUCGCCGACGCGAUCGCGGGGGUCGAGCACUUCGCGGAACAGACGCAGCAGCGCCACGUGCGUGUCCAGCAACGGCCGUCGAGUAGUGACGCGGUAGUGCCUGGCGUCUCCUCCCGGCACAGUUGGAUCGCUAGUACUGGCGCUUCCGCUUCCACUGGAGCUCCUGACGCUUCCUCGGUCGGAUCAAAUACCGUCAUCCUCGAGUGUGAAAAUGCUCCGAGUUGCAAGUGGUUUGUGCGUCUGUUGUUUGUGAAAGGAGAGAAGAAGUGGAAGAUCUCGAGCAUGAACGUGGAUCACCACAAGACCCUCUGUCUGGAACGGAAGCAGGCAGUUGCAACCAAGAGCGGGGACGGGGCUGGAGGCUUUGUAGCACCUGUGGUACCCACCCAGUUGUUAAACAAUGUACAGGAUCAUGAAGGUGCUAAUGGAGCAGCAAUGUUGGAAUUAGCCGCCACUGCUACUGGUGCAGAGGAAGAGGCUGGUGUCAUAAAUGCGUCCGUGUACGUGGGCAUGGUGUUUGGAGACUGGAAAGUGGCGAUUGGAGCUGUGCGGGCACUUGCGGCUCAGACGGCACGUCGAACAAUUGCUGGAAUGCCAGCGUCAAUGUUGUGGCGGGGGAAGAGCGUGAUGGCACGUCGUGUUGUGUGUCAGAACCACCGUAAUUCGAAAUGUGGAUGGAAAGUGGUGCUGGGCGAGUCUGGUGAUGGAUCAGAGCGAUAUACGGUCUUGUCGAUGAGCUUGCUGCACUCGAGAGAAUGCUUAGAGACCUGUAAUUUUAAUCUGCGCAUGAAAGGGAUGCCGGCUGCGAUAGAAACGAGUGCUAAAGCUGACAACGUUGCGGACUCGUUGACGCCAGUACCUGGUGGUACACCACUUAGCUCAUCGUUGUUACUUGAUGAUACUUCGAGAUACCAAUUGACGCACGAAAUGCGUUGGAGUACAGGCAAGGAAGCCACGAAAGCGAUUAGCGAUUUCACACUAGUAGUGCAGCGUAAGCGCUCGAUGCUGUGCAAGCGCAACAAUGGCGGCAGCAACAAGAAGUAUGUCUGUUCGGACGAACAAUGCCUUUGGUUUGUGCAGCUUGUGAAAGGAUGGAAGUCAAAGAACUGGAAAAUAUCUGCGAUGAACUUGAAACACUCCGAUAAUUGCACGGGUGCACCGAAGCCGACUGCUCGGCAGCUGGCUGAGAUGCGAUUCUUUCGCCAAGCCGUGAUUACACACUCAAAGUCAUCAGGCAAGCUGCUGACCGACAAUUUCUUAAUGCACUCGGAGUCGGGCAUUCAUAUUCCGCGUGGUAUGGCUUACCGUGCACAGCGAAUGGUGGUUGCGACAUCUACGGACGACCUCACUGAAAGCUACAAGUACAUUCCGAGUUUGAUCGAGUCGUUUGUGCAGAAGAACCCCGGCUCGAUUGCCAAUUACGAGAAGGACGCACAAGGUCACUUCAUUCGAGCAUUCUUCAUGCCGAACGCGUCGAGAACGGUAUCGAUGCACCAGCAGCAGAUUUUCGGCAUUCACGUACUGCACUACGACACUGUAAGUUAUCAGGGCUGUAUGGCCUUGUUGGUCACGCGAGAUGGCAACCUCACGUAUCAGGUUGUGGCGUUCGCAUUGCUGCCAGCGAGUGAUGUGGAUAAUAUGAAAUGGUUUCUCGCAAUGGCCAAGCGUGGUGAUGUUCGCUUCGAGGGAAACCCCGUCUUCUGCUCGCAUAGUGAACACGGUCUCCUUCGAGCUUUGGCGCACGACGCGCAUUAUGCAAAAAUCAUGUUUUGCGUUCGAAGCCUACUUGAGGAAAUGGCACGUGACAAGGAUAUUCCCGUGCUUGGGCCGUUGGAAGAAAAGGUAUGGGAGCUGCAGCAACAAGAUAGCGAGGAAGCUUUUCUUAACGUUUUCAGGGACCUUGAAGCACUCAAUGCUGCCGCAGCGGCAUUUUUGCGAUCUGUGCACCCGAAAAACUGGGCGUGCUAUCUGAAUCAAACCGUCAGGCUCUACCGCUGGACGAGCACGGGUGCUGACGAGGCGAUCGUCGGUUCUGACAUUCGGCGCAGCGACGAGGCUCCUUUUGACCUCAUGUACACGUUCUUGGCCUUCCUUAUGGAUGGUAUUUUCAAGAAAAGCCAGCUAGCUUCGAAGUUGCUCGCUAACGACGGUCAGUCACCUCUAUUUCUCACACCUGGUGCCGACGCAAUAUACCGUCAGGGAAUGCAAGCUGCUGCAGGAUACACCGUACGCAGAUGCGACGAGCAAGUUGCAUUUGCAUGGAUAACGGGUGCACGUCCGAAAAUCACGUACAGGAUUGAUGUGGCGCUACGUACGUGCACAUGCGGCCAGAUGUUCCAGCUAGGGUUGCCAUGCUGCCACUUGAUUGCGGCGUCGAUGCAUUUAGGCAACGAGGCAGUGAUUCUAGAUAGCGUCGACCCUGUCUACAAAGCGGCGACGUACGCGGAGGUGCACCGCAAUCUUCGCAUCGAGAUCCCUGUUGCUGGGGACCUGCAGAAGGACCCUUCGUUGCUUCCAGCCAUUUCUACACGAAGUGCAAAGUCCAAGAAGCGAUCUCAAAGUGCUGUUAGCACCAGUGGCGCCGCAUCUUCAUCUCUCGUUCAUUCAUCCACUACGGUGUUAAGUACCGUGUCAUCUACUAUACCAGUCAGUUGCGAGGAUGCAUUGUCACCUCCUGGUAAAGCGCCACGGCUGGACCUGAACACGGACGUCGUCAAUAGUCUCAGCGAAGUCGUGUGA